AUGAGAUUUGCUGCUUAUUUAUUAGUAUCUGUUGUAGCAUUAGCUGUUGUUGCCUCUGCCAUUCAAGAGCACCAACAAACCAACGUCUUCAGUGGUAGCCUUCGUCAAAAGUGUUACAAGAAGAGUUCUGAAAUCUUCCAAGACAGAAUCAAAUCACCACUUCCAAGUGAAUAUAUCACUGAAGUACCAACUUCUUGGAAUUGGGCAAAUGUAUCUGGUGUUAACUACUUGACCAUGAACAGAAAUCAGCACAUUCCACAAUAUACUUUAUCACCUAUGAUGGAGAUUGGUGGCUGUUGGGCUUUCGCUUCCACAUCUGCCCUUAGUGACAGAAUCAAUAUUAUCCGUCGUGCUGUUUGGCCUCAAGUUAAUUUGGCUCCACAACAUUUGAUCAAUUGUAAUGGUGGUGGAACUUGUGAUGGUGGUGACCCCCGUGCUGCUUAUGAAUUCAUGGCUGAAAGUGGUAUUGUCGACGAAACCUGUCAACCAUAUCAAGCUGUAAAUGGACUUGCCUGUACUCCAGCUUGUAAAACCUGCAACCCAGAUGGUACAUGCGUUGCCAUUCAAAGAUAUACCAAUAUUACCGUCGAUGAGGUUGGUAAAGUAAGUGGUGAGAAGGAAAUUAUGGCUGAAGUUUAUGCAAGAGGACCAGUGGCAUGCUCUAUUGAUGCCACAGAUAAAUUAGAAAGUUACACUGGUGGUAUUUUUAAAGAGUUUGUAGCAGUUCCAAUUCCAAAUCACAUCGUCAGUAUUGUUGGUUGGGGAGAAGAGAAUGGUGAAUCAUAUUGGAUUGUCAGAAAUUCAUGGGGAAUGUACUACGGAGAGCAAGGUUUCUUCAGAAUCGUCAGAGGUAGUCCAUUCGAAAACUUGGGUAUCGAAUUAGACUGUGCUUGGGCCACACCAAACUUGAAAGGAUUGCCAGCUUUUUAA